UAGGAACUAUAGGAGACGACCCACGCCCUUAAACAGGAGGGAAGAGCAGGUGCCGAGAUCACCCAUUAACGAAUAGCCCUGCGCGCGCGCGCCACGCUCUGCAAGGCGGAAGGGACUCUACCCCUAACAAACAUGGCUUCCGGCUACUUCCGUUCUCCUUUUCGUAAUUUGGCUCCGAGGCUUCUCGCGGUUUUAGAGUUGAAUCUACUUAGCGAACGCCGGGCCUUCGUUCUGCGGAGGAGGCGGGCUAGGAAGGAGGCGCUACGUUCUGAUUGGUUGCUAUGCGGGAGCGUUGCCGGCUACGCCCCGGCCCUGAUUGGUUACCGAGAAGGGGCGGCUCCAGAGGCGGUGGCAGCGGCGUGGGGAGCCAUGGGUCAGACUGCCAAGGUUUUACAGCUCUUUAGAACACUGCACAGGACCAGACAGCAAGUUUUUAAAAAUGAUAAGAGAGCAUUAGAAGCAGCCAGAGUAAAGAUAAAUGAAGAAUUCAAAAAAAAUAAAAGUGAGGCCUCUCCGGAGAAAAUAGCAGAGAUGAUGAAACUGGGUUCCGAUGUUGAACUGUUACUUAGAACAUCUGUUAUUCAAGGUGUUCACACCGACCACAACACACUGAAACUGGUUCCCAGGAAAGAUCUUCUAACAGAAAACGUGCCAUACUGUGAUGCACCAACUCAGAAGCAGUAAAGUCUCCAGGACCCAGCCCGCCCCUGCUCCUUCUGACUUUAAAUACAUGCCUGGCAAAAGUCCUGGGCACGCAGAUGUUUCUCUGUGAAGCAGCGGGUCGCACAUGAUCAACAGGCUGAGGGCUGCAGGGCACUUCGGUGUUCUGAGGACAUAGAUAUGCUGCCCCUUCUCACUGUCAGGCAGCCCUUACCCGGCCACUGAGUGCCUGGGGAGGUGGGGCCCUCUUCUCUUUCCCUUUGGCAGGUGUUUUGGUCUUACCAAAGCUAUUUGCCAAUGAAGCGUUUUACCAGGUUGGUGACUUUUCACCCCACGGGAAACACAACUGCUAAAUAUAAAAUGCCCCAUUAAACUGAUGUUUAAUUCUCAAAAUA